AUGAGUGGCCUUAGCAAGCUUGGCAUUACACUCACUUCAAUCUUCUCUUUCCUCCUUUUCUCCCUCCUCACGCAACUCCUCUACCUCUUCUGGCGUCGCCGGCAACAAUCUCGCCGGAAAAGUACUCGUAUUGAGCCCACCACCGCCACUUUACCCGCCUCAACCACCGCGCAAAACGCCAUGCACUCGGAGCUUUUCAAGUUAGAGGGAAGUUUUUAUGGUCCUCCUUCAAGGGUUCUUUUUACUAUUAAAGAAGAGGAGAUUGAAACUGAUGAGGUUGCUUGUUGUGUUGUAGAAGAUAAAAGUUGUUCUGGGGUUUCUUUGGGUGAACAUUUUGGUAAUUUUCAGUUUAGUCAGAUCGCCGGAGAUUCGCCGGAGGUUAUUAUUGUGAUGGGUGAGAAUUAUUCUGAUUUCGACGUCGAACCGCCUUUUUUAACUCCUUGUGCUUCUCCGCCGUACUUUACGCCGUCUCCGUCGCCGAACAGAUAG